ACGAUAGAGAAGUGGCGUGUAACGGUGAAGAGAGGAGGAUUAUUAGUAUUUUGAUACUUCAAAGUGCUCUGGACGGUUGAAAAAAAAUUAUUAAAAAAAAAAAAAAAAAAAAACAGAGAAAAACAAAAAAUUCUCUCUCCGUGGAAUUGCAAUGGCGUCUCAAGGUUGUGUUGGCUUCGUCGGCCUGGACGAACUGAGCUUGGACAUGGCCGCUUCACUUCUUCGCUCCGGUUACAAUAUCCAGGCUUUUGAGAUACAUGAGCCUUUGAUAAAUGAGUUUCUGAAGCUAGGGGGAUCUAGAUGUGCGAGCCCUCAGGAGGCAGGGAAAGAUGUAGCAGCUUUGGUUGUGCUAAUAUCUCAUGCUGAUCAAAUUGAUGAUGUAAUCUUUGGUCACGACGGUGCAUUAAAAGGGUUGCACAAAGGCUCUGUCUUAAUUCUUCGUUCAACCAUGCUGCCAUCACAUUUCCAGAAAUUGGAGAAGAAUCUUUCAGAGAAUGGUGAGACAGCUUAUCUGGUUGAUGCCUAUGUCUCUCGGGCAAUGUCUGAGGUUUUGAAAGGGAAAGUCAUGAUAACAUCUUCAGGAAGGUCAAAUGCCAUUGCAAGGGCGCGGCCAUUUCUCUCUGCUAUGUGUGAAAAGCUUUAUGUCUUUGAGGGUGAAGUUGGUGCCGGAAGCAAAUCCAAAAUGGUUAAUGAACUACUUGAGGGCAUUCACCUUAUUGCUUCUGUAGAGGCUAUUUCUCUUGGUGCUAAAGUUGGGAUUCAUCCAUUAAUUCUCUAUGAUAUCAUUUCCAAUGCUGCUGGAAAUUCAUGGAUUUUCAAGAAUCACAUUCCCCAGUUAUUGAGGGGUGAUGCGAAACUUCAGUUCCUGAAUCCAGUUAUUCAGAAUUUGGGUAUUAUUUUGGACAUGGCUAAGACGCUUACUUUUCCUCUUCCACUUUUGGCUGUUGCUCGUCAACAACUACUUCAUGGGUCUCAUGUUCAUGGUGAUGAUGGUAGCACCCCAUUGGUUAAGGUUUGGGAGAAAGUGAUGGGAGUGAAUAUCAUAGAUGCAGCCAAUCUGGAACCCUACCAACCGGAGCAACUUGCACAACAAAUCAUUGCCAAAUCAAAUACUGUUAAGCGAGUUGGUUUCAUUGGCCUUGGAGCAAUGGGAUUUGGCAUGGCUACUCACCUGCUGAAAUUUUGUUCUGUUGUUGGUUAUGAUGUUUAUAAACCAACACUUACGCGAUUUGAAAAUGCUGGUGGCUUAAUUGCGAACUCUCCAGAAGAAGUAUCUAAAGACAUUGAUGUGCUUGUAGUCAUGGUUACAAAUGAAUCUCAAGCAGAGAGUGUUUUGUAUGGAGAUCAUGGUGCAGUUCCAGCUCUUCCAUCUGGAGCAUCAAUAAUCCUUUCAUCCACUGUCUCUCUGGGAUUCGUGGUUCAACUAGAGCGGCGCUUGCAACUUGAAGGCAAGGAUUUGAAAUUGGUAGAUGCUCCUGUUUCUGGUGGUGUUAAGAGGGCAUCCACCGGAGAACUUACGAUAAUGGCUGCCGGUACAGAUGAAGCCCUUACAAGCACGGGUUCAGUUCUCUCAGCAUUAAGUGAGAAGCUUUAUGUUAUCAAAGGGGGUUGUGGUGCUGGAAGUGGUGUAAAGAUGGUUAAUCAGUUGCUUGCUGGAGUCCAUAUAGCAUCAACAGCUGAGGCGAUGGCCUUUGGAGCUCGAUUAGGUCUUAAUACCAGAGUGUUGUUUGAUAUCAUCUCCAACAGUGGGGGAACAUCUUGGAUGUUUGAGAAUCGUGGUCCACAUAUGUUAGACAAUGACUACACACCUCACUCUGCACUCGAUAUCUUUGUGAAGGAUCUGGGUAUUGUUACUCAUGAAAGCUCAGCUCAAAAAGUUCCGCUGCAUAUUUCAACUAUUGCACAUCAACUGUUCUUGGCAGGCUCUGCUGCUGGCUGGGGUCGUCAAGAUGAUGCUGGUGUGGUUAAGGUGUAUGAGACACUUACUGGUGUUAAAGUUGAAGGAAAGCUUCCCAUGGUUAAGAAAGAAGUUGUUUUGCAAUCUCUGCCAUCUGAGUGGCCAGUGGAUCCCAUUGAUGAUACAAAGGGACUAAUUCAGAACAGUUCAAAGACUCUCGUUGUUCUAGAUGAUGAUCCAACUGGGACCCAAACUGUUCAUGAUAUUGAAGUAUUGACAGAAUGGAGUGUUGAGUCACUUGUUGAGCAGUUUACAAAAAAACCUUUGUGCUUCUUCAUUUUGACUAACUCCAGGGCACUGAGCUCUGAAAAGGCUGGUGAAUUGACCAAAGAAAUCUGCAGAAACCUCUGUACAGCAGCUAAUUCAGUUGAGAAUACUAAAUUCACAGUAGUUUUGAGAGGUGAUUCAACAUUACGUGGUCAUUUUCCAGAGGAGACAGAUGCUGCUGUGUCAGUAUUGGGUGAAAUGGAUGCAUCAAUAAUUUGCCCCUUUUUUCUUCAAGGAGGUCGUUAUACUAUUGAAGAUGUACAUUAUGUUGCAGACGUUGAUCGGCUUGUUCCUGCUGGAGACACGGAAUUUGCGAAGGAUGCUGCUUUUGGCUAUAAGUCGUCAAACCUGCGAGAGUGGGUAGAAGAGAAAACAGCAGGACGGAUUUCAGCCAGCAGUGUUGCAUCUAUUUCUGUCCAACUUCUGAGGAAAGGAGGACCAGAUGCAGUUUGUGAACAUCUUUGCAGUCUACAGAAGGGUUCUACGUGCAUAGUUAAUGCUGCUAGUGAGAGAGAUAUGGCUGUCUUUGCAGCUGGAAUGAUCCAGGCAGAAUUGAAGGGAAAGUCUUUCAUAUGCCGUACUGCUGCUAGCUUUGUUUCUGCCAGGAUUGGAAUUAUCCCGAAAGCUCCAAUUCUGCCAAAGGAUUUGGGAAUCAACAGAGAAACAAAUGGUGCCAUCAUAGUUGUGGGAUCAUAUGUACCAAAAACUACAAAACAGGUUGGAGAGCUUAAAUCACAGUGUGGACAUAUCAUAAGAAGCAUUGAGGUUUCUGUUGAUAAAGUUGCAAUGAAAUCAUUAGAAGAAAGAGAGGAGGAAAUCAAUAGAACGGUUGAGAUGGUAGACGUACUCCUUCGGUGUCGGAAAGAUACUCUUGUAAUGACGAGCCGAGAACUCAUCACUGGAAAAACUUCUUCUGAGAGUUUGGAAAUCAAUUUCAAGGUGAGCUCUGCGCUGGUGGAAAUAGUUAGGCGUAUAACUACAAGACCCCGUUACAUUCUUGCAAAGGGGGGAAUUACAUCAUCAGACACUGCUACAAAAGCUUUAGAAGCAAAGCGUGCCAAAGUAGUUGGGCAAGCCCUAGCUGGUGUUCCCCUAUGGCAGCUAGGUCCUGAAAGUAGACACCCAGGAGUUCCAUACAUAGUGUUCCCUGGUAAUGUUGGUGACAAUAAUGCACUCGCACAAGUGGUGAAAUCUUGGGCUCGUCCAGCCAGACUUUCAUCAACAAAGGAGCUCCUAAUUAAUGCAGACCAGGGUAAAUAUGCUGUCGGAGCAUUCAAUGUUUAUAACAUGGAAGGAGUGGAGGCAGUUGUUGCUGCUGCUGAGGAAGAGCGUAGCCCCGCCAUUUUACAGAUUCAUCCUAGUGCUCUAAAGGAAGGAGGAAUUCCAUUGGUUGCGUGCUGUAUUUCUGCUGCUGAAAGGGCCAGUGUACCCAUAACUGUUCACUUCGAUCAUGGAAAUUCAAAGCAAGAGUUGAUGGAAGCUCUUGAGUUGGGAUUUGAUUCAGUCAUGGCCGACGGUUCACAUCUUCCCUUCAAGGAUAAUAUCUUGUAUACAAAGUUCAUAUCUCGCUUGGCCCACUCAAAAGAUCUGCUGGUAGAAGCCGAACUAGGAAGAUUGUCAGGAACGGAGGAUGAUUUGACUGUUGAAGAUUAUGAAGCAAAGCUGACUGACAUUAAUCAGGCUGAAGAAUUCAUUGAUGAGACUGGUAUAGACGCUUUAGCUGUGUGUAUCGGAAAUGUCCAUGGAAAAUACCCUCCAAGUGGCCCCAAUCUGAGACUCGAUUUGCUGAAGGAUCUGCAUGCCUUGAGCUCAAAGAAAGGUGUUUAUUUGGUGCUUCAUGGAGCCUCUGGUUUGUCAGUGGAACUCAUCAAGGGAUGUAUAGAGAGAGGUGUGACGAAAUUCAACGUGAACACUGAGGUACGCACGGCUUACAUGGAGUCACUCAAGAGCCCGAAGAAGGAUCUGGUCCAUGUCAUGGCAGCUGCGAAAGACGCCAUGAAAGCCGUUGUUGCUGAGAAGAUGCAUCUUUUUGGUUCAGCUGGAAAAGCAUGAUGAUGGUUUUAUUGAAUUAAUAACUUAAAAGAAUAAUGUAUUUCAUAAUUUAAAGUCAAUUUAAUUCUUUGCUCCUCCA